CCUAAAGCUUGUGUAGUAGACAUCAUGAAAUUCCUGACUGUUUUCUUUGCCGUCGUGGCCUGCGCCUAUGGCGAUGUGUCCCAUCUGGGCUACGACUACGCUCCCCCGGCGCCAGUGGCUCCCGUGCAGGUUUACCAGCCAGCACCUGCUCCAGUUUACCAGCCAGCUCCAGCUCCUGCUCCAGUUUACCAGCCAGCUCCAGCUCCUGCUCCAGUUUACCAGCCAGCUCCAGCUCCUGCUCCAGUUUACCAGCCAGCUCCAGCUCCUGCUCCAGUUUACCAGCCAGCUCCCGCUCCGGUCUACCAGCCAGCCCCGGCCCCAGCACCCAUCCGCAUCCCAGCUCCCGCCCCAGUGCAGAGCUACAUUCCCCCUGCACCAGUCUCGAUCCCAGCUCCAGUUCAGAUCCAGGCUCCCGUUGAGAUCCAGGCUCCAGUUGAGAUCCAGGCUCCCGUUGAGAUCCAGGCUCCCGCUCCAGUGAACACCUACAUUCCUCCUGCAGCACCAGCACCCGCUCCGGUCUACCAGCCAGCACCCGCUCCGGUCUACCAGCCAGCCCCAGCUCCAGCACCCAUCCGCAUCCCAGCCCCGGCUCCAGCACCCAUCCGCAUCCCAGCUCCCGCUCCAGUUUACCAGCCAGCUCCCGCUCCGGUCUACCAGCCAGCCCCGGCCCCCGCACCCAUCCGCAUCCCAGCCCCCGCGCCAGUGCAGUCCUACAUUCCUCCCGCACCAAUCUCGAUCCCAGCUCCCGCUCCCGUCUACCAAUCCGCUCCAGCUCCCGCUCCCGUCUACCAGCCAACUAGCCAGCAGGUUCUCGAGGAGAUCGAGCCCGUGUCUGCCGAUGGCUACCGCUACAAGACCGUGCGCCGUCGCGUCUACCGUCACCGCUUCUAAGUGCUAGGUGGCAGUCCCAAGCCAAAGCCGAACCGAAUCGAAUCGAAUCGAAUCGAACUGUUUCCUAACGAACCCCCCAGGGGGUUGCAAUAAAGAAUUCCUCCUUCAACUUGUUAAA